UUCAAUCAUUGUUGGCCACCCAAACGGGAGUCUGUAAAGUAUUGACUAUCACGCAACCGCCCUAAAAAUGUACGCUAAAGGCUGUCACUGCUGUGAGAAGAGAAGAGAGUUUUUUUACAUUCGAGCUCCGACACGCCCUGGCCGCCUUCAACGAGUGGGUUCCCAAACUCCAGGGCACACCCUCGGCACUCGUUGUUCAGCUCUGGACCAUCCCUUUGGAGGGCUAACCUUGCCUGUCUUCCCUACCUACAUGUAUACAGCUGAGGUCAACAAGUAUUGUUGUAUUGUCUCGUCUACAUUUGGAUUGGGAGAGGUUGGCGCGUUCUCUCCUCCUCCUCGUCCUCCUCUUCCUUGUUCGUUGCAUGGGCUUGGCCUGAUUAUCCUCUCUCAGUGGAUGGAGCCUCGAGGUUGUGGCCUGCCAUUGGGCAUCAUCCACCCGAAUCAUUUCACGGGCCUGCCUCGGACAUCAAGCGCCAUUCCAAUCAAAUCUGGUCCAGUGGUGUCCAAGUUGGGCUCGUUGACGGACGUUGACGGAAUAGUAGGAUCGAGGAACACGAACCGCCGAAUGUGCUAUUCAAUCAAGUCGAACUGGUCGGGUUGGGUUCAGUCGGUAUGAGUUCUUGGGAUGGGGGCUGGCCACCCCGCCCUGCCCUCUCGACUACAUUGUCGCACGAGGGUUUGGACGGAUUGCAAAACCCGUUAUGGCCGGUGAAUGGCAGCACGUCUUCGUCCUCGUUUCAUUCGGCUUUAUCCGUCACGUCCAUGGAAUCCUGGCCAUCCUUGGGUCCGCUUGUCACGCACGAGGGCCCCUUAGUCAUGGGUUCGUCGAGGCCGUCUAGUCCGUUCUGCCCGCACUGGCUCAGCCUGCCCGAGGAGAUCCACAUCAAGGUCUUGGACCUCUUGGACCCGUCCGACCUUUUGGCGUACGCUCGAACUUGUCAAACCGCCCGGAAAUACGUGGAUAGUCAGCAAGUCUGGAAGCACCAAUGGGUCAAGUUGAGUCGGAAGACCCCGUUCACGUUCUUGUCAAGUCUGUCCUUGGUCGAUUUGGGCGUGAAUUUCAAGGACUCGUGCCGGCGGCUGUGGAAGAUCAUGGUGACCGAAGGCGAGAUCGGCGGGUUGAACCUCAUCAAAUGUGUCUUCUGCAAAGAGUAUACAUGUCUGCCAUCCUGUAUUGAGGAUCGCGUGGCCAAAGUGGCCAUCGAUAUUGGUGGCAAGAUCACCUGGCUGAUCACGCCCUCUUACUCGAUCAAGCGCCAUCUCUCCAUGAUCGCGGUGCCCAAAUUCUUAAAGUGCUAUGAUUGCGACGCCACACUCAAUCGGAGUGACCUCCAAAGCGACCUAGUCAUGCCCAGUCCGCCUGAAUACGCUUAUCACACCCAUCCUGAGCAAAUGCACGAGGUUUAUUGUCGGAGUCGCCAUAUGGCCUCGCACACGGCCUUGGAGUAUUGCUCCCAGCCUUUAUCCGAAAUUUGGCUGCAGCCGCCAUUGAGUCGACCUUUCUGUCUGUUCUGCGAGGACCAAAAGGUCAAUUGGAUGAUUUGCGAGCGCGAAAUCGUGUCCAAUACGAAGAAUAAGAUGAAAAGUGUGCGCCCUCCUUACAUGUCCGGCGAGGAGGAGUUCCUCAACUAUGCGGCUGUGUCGCCCUUGACCAAUGGCUAUUGUCGGGAUACCGGCUUCAUCUUGGGCACCAAUAAUCUCGAUCUGCUGUCUCCCCUGAUCGCCUUGGAGCACGACGACGCUUUCCCCGUAGUUCGGGCGUUUCUCAUCCAUUUGUUCAAGCACUACAAAAUUAUUAAUGACUUGCAACGGCCUUACGUGUCCUUGGUCUUCACACACGCCAAUAUACCUCACACCGUAAAGGAGAAAUUAAUUCAAUUCCUCUUCGAAGAGAUGAAAAUCUCAAGAUUAUGCCUCUUACCCAAGGCUUUGGCCAUUUCCCAACUUUUUGAGAUUAAAACUUGCGUGGUCGUUGAUUCGGGGGCCACCAGCACUUUUGUUUGGGUGGUUCUGGACGGAAAAGUUGACGAAAACCGCACUCAAACCAUGUCUGUGGGUGGAUGGCAUGUUUCCCAGUGCUUGAAGCAAGCCAUGGCUUGGCAAGAGGGUAAAGAUACCUCCGGGGCAACCAUAUCGAGUUUGGAUACGUCAGCGGUGAAACAGAAAUGUAGGCUGACAUUAAACUUGUCCCGCGAAGGUGAUCAUCGCUCCGGUCCGUCCCGAAGCGAGACUCUUCACAUCAAAUCUCAGAAUGACGCUCAAAGAAAACUGGAAAUGACCGAGGUCACCUUUUCCUCGGAGCUGUAUUUGGCUCCGGAAAUGAUGUAUGCCUCUUUAGAUCUGCCGUCCAUGGUCAGAGAGGCUGUCAAAGAACUUCCCGAUUGUGUGCUCAAGGACUGCUUUUCUCAUAUCCUCAUCACAGGAGGGAACACGGAACUUCGGGGAUUCAGCCAGAGAUUGUCUAAUGAUCUAAGGGAGCUCAUGCCCAGUCAUGCUCCCAUCAUCAAUGUAUGUCGCUUUCCUAAUGGAAAUCACUCGUGGAACACGGUGAUGGGUGCUUAUUCUGUCAAAGUUCCUCCACCUUAUGAGAACAUACUUCAGCUUCAUGAACCGGGAACAUCGCUGUGGAUGUCUCGGGAGGAAUAUGUCAUGUUUGGAAGUCAUCAAUUAGCCGGAGAAGCCACCAACUAACAAGGAUAAAAAAAACGGCUUGAACAAUCCAAAGAAGAAAAGGAGCUUUCAGAUAUUUUCUUUUUACAUUUCUCAAAGUUUCUAUUUGCAUAUGUUUUUUAACGUCAAAUUGUUAUUAUGUUAAAUAAGAACACAUAUUUUCUUAUUAAUUCAAAA